AUGAACCCAUCCGAAUAUCUCCUGCAGCUCCUCAAGGACAAACAGCAGCUCACCUCCUUUCCUAAUUCUUUCGUUCACAUUGGAAGACUUCUAGACUCAGAAAUAAGCCGCGUGCGCAGUAACUUGUUCUACUUGGGCUUGAACAAGGAACCCCUACAACUGCCGGAACCAUCGGGCUCCCCUGUCACCCUUACCGAAAAGCUCUCUGUGCCUGUCAGAGAUCACCCGGAUUUCAACUUCGUCGGUCGAUUGUUGGGACCUCGAGGGCUAACCAUCAAACAACUGGAACUGGACACUGGAUGCAGAAUUCUCAUCAGAGGUCAAGGGUCAAUGAGAGAUAAGCAUAAGGAGGAGCAGAUGAAAGGAAAAGCAAAGUGGGAACACUUGAACGAAGAUUUGCAUGUUCUGGUGACAGCAGAGGAUGCGAAGAAUAGGGCAGCUGUGAGGUUGAGAAAGGCAGUUGAUGAAGUUAAGAAGCUUCUCAUGCCGAUUCCGGAAAGUGAAGAUGAGCUGAAGAAACGACAGCUAACCGAGCUGGCAGUCUUGAACGGCACGUACAAGGGCUUCAAUGGCGGCAUCCUGCUGACAAAAAGUAGAGGUCCGUCCAACGCAUUCACUACAAUUCUGUUGCAUUUUUUUCUAUUCGUCGGCAUGUUGUCAGAAAUAGAUUAG